UUAACGCGUUUUGUGGACGAAGUACAUCCAAAGCCCUCUCUCUCUCCUUUGAGUCAAGCCCUUAAUUCGAAAAUCCUUUAUUUAUUUUAACUGAUGGCUAACGCCUUUUGCGGACGUUUCGUCCAGUCCUCCUCAUCUUGUUUUGAUCAAUGAUUGUGAUUGACAAUGUCGGUUCGGAGCCGUGCAAGCCGUCCUCCCUGUCCCACCCCCGCUGGUUUGGGGUCACCGACCUCUGGUUUGGGGUCACCGACCGCUGGUUUGGGGUCACCGACCGCUUCGGCUUCGGGGCGUCUCGACUGGUCCUUCGAGCCGGCUGGGCGGCGCUGCUGUGCCUAUUGGUGCUCAUCUACGGCUCCCACGCGCCACUCAUCGCCCUCAGCCAAUCGGACGGCCGCGUUCCCUUUAGCCCCUCCUCCUGCGUGCUCCUGAUCGAGCUGGCCAAGCUGCUGGUCUCCGGGGCGACGCUGCUGCUCUCCGAGCGGGUGUCGGGAGUGCGUGGCCUCUCGGAGGGGGUGUCGGGCGGGCGUGGCCUCUCGGAGGGGGUGUCGGGCGUCCGCUGGGCCCUAGUGCUGCCGUACGCGGCGCCCGCUAUGCUCUACGCUCUCAAUAACAACCUGGUGGUGACCAUGCAGGAGCACAUGGACCCCUCUACCUUCCAGUUGCUUAGCAACCUGAAGAUCGCCUCCACCGCCGCGUUCUACUCCUGCUGCCUGGACAAGAGGCUCCGCCCCCCGCAGUGGCUCGCACUGGGCAUGCUCACACUGGCCGGCGCAGCACACACCUACAGCACCCUCGCGGCACAGUCUAGCUCCUCUCCUGUCCUCCACAUCUCCUGGUGGGGCCUCCUCCUGCUCCUCCUCUAUUGCUCCGCGUCGGGUCUGGCCGCCGUCACUACUGAGCGCGUGCUAAAGGGCCAGCGCCUCCCCCUCAGCCUCCAGAACCUCUUCCUGUACGGAUGGGGCGUGGCCAUCAAUGCUGCCGCCCACUUCCUGGGCGGAGCCAGUAGCAGCAGCAGCAGCAGUGAGGACAGUGGGCGUGGCUUCCUGACGGGCUUCUCUGGGCUGGUGUGGCUCAUCGUGGUCGGACAGGUUGCGGCUGGUCUGAUGAUGUCGGUGUUGAUGAAGCACGGCAGCGGCAUCACGCGUCUCUUUGUCAUCUCCUCAUCGCUGCUGGUCAACAGCGCCAUCUCCUGGUUAGCGCUGGGACUGCAGCUCACGCCGCUGUUCAUGCUGCCAGCUAGCCUCGUGGCUCUAGCAGCAUACCUGUACUACAGGUGACCUCUCAUCAGUGCAAUGUAGUGAGUGAGUGUGUGUGUGUGUUUUUGAGUGGUGAACAGCACCAUCUCCUGGGCAGCGCUGGGACUGCAGCUGGCGCCGCUGUUCAUGCUGCCUGCUGGCCUCGUGGCUCUGGCAGCAUACCUGUACUACAGGUGACCUCUCAUCAGUGCAAUGUAGCGAGUGUGUUUUUUGAGUGGUGAACAGCGCCAUCUCCUGGGCAGCGCUGGGACUGCAGCUGGCGCCGCUGUUCAUGUUGCUGGCGGCCCUGACUGUACCCUAUCUGUGGCAGUACAGGUGGAGGACAGUUGGCAGGGUUCCCACUGGUGCUUGAAUUCCUUGAAAAUGCUUGAAUUCAAUUAUGUGUUUUCAAGGUUGUGAAAAUGCCUGAAUUUUUGGUGAAGUGCUUGAAAAUGCUUGAAAUUUGUGUCAUGUCAAACUCAGUAAGCCAAAUGAUAGAAAUAAAUUGUUCAGGUACAUCAAACAUCCGAGGGAGUGAGAUGUCAGAUCGGAUUUGCCAUUCAACACCCAAAAAUUGAGUAGAAUUAAAA